CGAUACUGAAGAGCCUAAUCUAGACCACCAACUCCGUGGCGAAAUGCUCAUGGCUACUCGUACAUAUUGUGCGCGAAGGUCGCGACUGAGGAUGCGAAAUUCAGAGCUUUUCAAAGUCGCAUUAGCUACCGUCGAGAUCGCAUUGCAACUGCGCCGCAGACAAUUCCCUCACAAUGUUGAACAAAGUUCUACCCCUACUGUUUCUCUUUUUCUUUUCGACACACCGAGUUAAAGCACAGACUGGAACGAUUAGCGUUGGCCCUCUCCUGAGCUGUGGUAUCACGACCUUUAACUGUCCUGGCGUGAGCGGGUGCUGUACAAUUGGAGGCUGCUGUGGAGGAGGAUGCUGUGAGAAUGGUUAUACCUGUAUCAACGAAGGGACAUCGGCCGAGGCAUGUUGCCCAGCAUCUGAUCCAACCAAGUGUGGCACCGCAGCAGCGCCAUCUAGUUCUCCUUCCGGGGGACACACAUGUACAAAUGUCGAAGCUUGCGCUGCGGUAACCGAAGACGGUGUCGGCUGGACAUGUGUCUUGGGAAGGACAUGCGGGUUUUCAUACGGAGAGUGCAAUCCAUGUCCCUACAUUGCGGGCAGUGGGUCUGGUCCAUCAACCGUCAGCUAUGCAGGGAGUAGUCCAAGCACUACUAGCUAUUCAGGAAGCAGUCCAAGUUCUGUUAGCUCUCCUGGGACUAGCCCAAGUCCCAGUAGCGGCUCGACAACAUCUUUGGGGUAUAGCUCAAGAGGAAGUGGCGUUGGAUUACGCUGGCUGGCGGCCGUUAGUCUUGGGGGUGUAAUUGCUAUAGCUGUUUUGUAUACUUAGAAUUCUUCCGAUCCCCGCAAGACUUGAUGGGCAACUACACGAAAGAAAAGUGGCCUUGAUGGUUUUCUUAUCUUGGACAAGAUUUCACCA